CCUCCAGCCCUUUCCAACCCUGGGCAGUGGUCCUACCCCUGGCUCUUCACCCAGUCAUGGUCCCUCCCAUAGUUCCACUCCUGAUGGUUGUCCCACAUUGGCCAUUGGCCCACUCCCAGCCAUAUUCCUUAUCCCUAGCCCCCUCCCUAGCCAUGGUCUCACCCCCAGUCUUACCCCUGGCUCUAGUUCCACAUUAUGCUCAGGCCUUGCCUCCCACCCCACAUCCUCCUCGCCCCUGGCCCAGUGCCUGAGGCUGGGGGCGAGGAGCAACAUCGGUCCAUACCUGCAGAGAGCGAAGGCCUGCGUCUGGUGGGCGGUCCUGGGCGCUGCGCCGGGAGGGUGGAGGUGCUCCACGACGGGCGCUGGGGGACGGUCUGCGACGACUCCUGGGACCUGGUGGAUGCCCACGUGGUCUGCCGGCAACUGAGCUGCGGCGUGGCUCUCGGGGACCUUGUCUCCCCCGUGCAUGAGCCCGGGACGGGGCCGAUCUGGCUGGACGAGCUGGGCUGCGCAGGGAACGAGUCUCACCUCUGGAAAUGCCCCUCCGCGGGCUGGGGCCGGAACGACUGCCGCCACAAGGAGGACGUCGGCGUUCUCUGCUCGGAGUUCACAGACUUGCGGCUCGCUGGCGGUUCCUGGGCCUGUACUGGGCGGCUGGAGGUUUUCUACAAUGGGACGUGGGGAAGCGUGUGCCAAAACUCCCUGAUGGAUGUCACCCUCACCGUGAUAUGCAAACAGCUGCAAUGUGGACCCUGGGGGCAGGUGUUGGGCACUCCAGAAACAGAUGCAGAAUCCAGGCUGACCUGGUUAGAUCACAUUGAAUGCCAGGAGAAGCACCACACCUCUCUCUGGCAGUGCCCCUCCGCACCUUGGAAUCCACACUCGUGCCCCAGGACGGAAGAAGCCUGGAUCAGUUGCGGAGAUGAGAAAGGUGAAAAAAAGAGGCCUGGAGAGAUCCUUAAAUGUUCAGUCUUCAAUAACUGCACAGCACAGGAGAAGGUGCGCGUGCGGGGCGGCGAGGACGGCUGCUCAGGGCGUGUGGAGGUGUGGCACGGCGAGUCCUGGGGCACGGUGUGCGACGACGCCUGGGACCUGGCGGAUGCGCACGUCGUGUGCUGACAGCUGGGCUGUGGAGCAGCGCUGGCGGCCCCGGGACGGGCGGUCUUUGGCUCUGGAACCGGCACCAUCUGGCUGGACGAGGUCCGGUGCCGGGGCAGCGAGGCCUCUCUCUGGGACUGUCCAGCCGCCCCCUGGGGCCGCACUGACUGUGACCACAAGGAAGAUGCCGCCGUCAACUGUUCCGGGCACCGGGAGGUGCGCCUCGCAGGCGGCGAACACCCGUGCGCGGGGCGUCUGGAGGUGCGGCGGGGCCUGGAGUGGGGCACGGUCUGCCAGUCGGACCUGGACCUGGCCACGGCCCACGUGGUCUGCCGGGAGCUGCGCUGUGGAGCUGCUGUGUCCGUGCCCGGGGGUGCUUGCUUCGGCCAGGGGCCGGGCCCACUGUGGACCCAGGAGACCUUCCGCUGUCGAGGGAAUGAGUCUCUCCUGUUCCACUGUCCCCGCGGGCCGGCACGGAUGGAGCCCUGCUCCCACAGGCAGGAGGCCGCCAUCCGCUGCUCAGGUGAGUCUCCCAGACCCAAAUACAGGCUGGUGAACGGCAGCAGCCGCUGCGAGGGGCGAGUGGAGCUGCAAGUAGGAGAGUCUUGGGGGCCCUUGUGCGCCGUCCACUGGGACCUGGCGGACGCCCACGUCCUCUGCCGCCAGCUGGGCUGCGGGCCGGCACUGGCAACCGUGGGCGGAGAGUCUUUUGGGGCGGGAGACGGCCCCGCCUGGACCGAUGCUUUUCACUGCGCGGGGACGGAGCCCCAUCUAUGGAACUGCCCGCGGAGCUCCUUGGGGGCCGCCGCCUGCCAACCCAACCACGUGGCCACCGCCGUCUGCUCCGGUGAGUCGGAGGCGCUGCGACUGCAGGGCGGGCAGAGCUGGUGUGACGGCCGCGUGGAGAUCUCCCUGCGGGGCGCCUGGAGCAGGAUCAUGGCCGAGGCCUGGGGCCUGGCUGAGGCCGGAGUGGUGUGCCGCCAGCUGCGCUGCGGAGAGGCCCGGAGAGCCUACAGCCUCCAUCCGACGGCCCGCGGCCCAGAGGCCACCCCCUUGGGGCUCAGCGCCAUCAGCUGUGCCGGGAACGAGACCCGCCUGACCCAGUGCCGCUUCUCCAUCUCCCCGCCGUCUCCCAUGGGGACGGCCUGGGACGUGGGCAUCGUCUGCUCCGGUGAGCUCCUACACCAGUUCCACACCCUGUUCAGACCUUGCCUUCUGCCCCACACCCUCCUCGCCCCCAGCCCAGCCCCCGAGGCCGGGGACGAGGAGCAACGUCAGUCUGUGUCCACAGAGAGCGAAGGCCUGCGUCUGGCAGACGGUCCUGGGCGCUGCGCCGGACGGGUAGAGGUGCUCCAUGACGGGCGCUGGGGGACGGUCUGCGAUGAUUCCUGGGACCUGGAGGAUGCCCAGGUGGUCUGCCGGCAGCUGAGCUGUGGCGUGGCCCUCGGGGCCCCCGCCUCCUCUGGGCCCGGGCCUGGGACGGGGCCCAUCUGGCUGGAUGAGCUGGGCUGCGCGGGGAACGAGUCUCGCCUCUGGCAGUGCCCCUCCACGGGCUGGGGCCGGCACGACUGCCGCCACAAGGAGGACGUCGGCAUUCUCUGCUCGGAGUUCACAGACGUGCGGCUCGCUGGCGGCUCCUGGGCCUGUACUGGGCGUCCGGAAGUUUUCUACAAUGGGACGUGGGGAAGCGUGUGCCAAUACUCCCUGCCGGCUGUCGCCCUCACCGUGAUAUGCAAACAGCUGCAAUGUGGAGCCCGGGGGGAGAUGUUGGACAGGCCGGAAACAGAUGCGGAAUCCAGUCUGAGCUGGGUGGACGACAUCAGAUGCCGGGAGUGGCACCACACCUCUCUGUGGCAGUGCCCCUCCGCACCUUGGCAUCCACACUCGUGCCUCAGUACGGAAGAAGCCUGGAUCCGUUGCAGAGAAGAGACAGAUGAAAAAAAUGAGAGCCCGGAAGAGACCCUUAAAUGCUCGGUCUCCAAUAACUGCACAGCACGGGAGAAGGUGCGCCUGCGGGGCGGCGAGGACGACUGCUCGGGACGCGUGGAGGUGUGGCACGACGGGUCCUGGGGCACGGUGUGCGACGACGCCUGGGACCUGGCAGACGCCCACGUCGUGUGCCGACAGCUGGGCUGCGGAGUGGCACUGGCGGCCCUGGGGCUGGCGGCCUUCGGCCCGGGGAAGGGCACCAUCUGGCUGGACGAGGUCUGGUGCCAGGGUGGCGAGGCCUCUCUCUGGGACUGUCCGGCCACCCCCUGGGGCCGCACCGACUGUGGCCACAAGGAAGAUGCCGCCGUCAACUGUUCCGGUGAGAGACAGGUGACCACCUUACCACCGGAUACUGAAUUCAGCCGGACUCUUCCAGAGAACCGAGAGGCUUACUCAGGGUCUGAAAUCGCCUGUAUCAUUCUUGGAACAAUUCUCUGUCUCCUCCUCGUGUUCCUGGCAAUGGAGAUGUGGAACAACAGAUGCCAACGCAGGGGUGAGUGCAACGGCAAAGGAGGUUCUCCCGAUGACCGAUCAUUCCUGACGUCUGAUGCAAUGAGGAAGCCUCUCGGAGAGAUGAAUCAACAAGACGAAUACUCUACGGGUGGUGUCACUCCCGAGACAAAUCUGAAUUAUCAAUCUAAACAAGUGCAAAAUGCCUUUGGCUCUGAGAUCUUUGUGGGCUCUGGUGGUGCCUUUGGCUCUGAGAUCUUUGUGGGCUCUGGUGGUGCCGUGGGCUCCGGUGGUGCUGUGGGCUCUGAGAUCUUUGUGGGCUCCGGUGGUGCCUUUGGCUUUGAGAUCUUUGUGGGCUCUGGUGGUGCCGUGGGCUCUGCUGGUGCCUUGGGCGCUGAGAUUUCAGUCGGCUCUGGUGACGAUGCAUUGGGCUCAGAAAUCUUUGCGAGCUCUGGUGACAAUGCCUUCGGCUCAGAAAUCUUUGUGAGCUCUGGUGGUGAUAUGGACUCAGAGAUCUUUGUGGGCUCUGGUGGUGAUGAGGGCCGAGGGAUCUUAGUGGGCUACGGUGUUUUUAGAAAAGAUGUGAAUGCUCUCCCUGAGGACAUCUAUGAAGAAAUUGCGAGCUCCAUAGAGGCCAAUUAUGAAGAAAUAGAAGAGACUGAAAAGUAUCAAGUAACAAAGGAGUUUGAUGAAUUUAGGGAUACUGAGGACAAGCUGAUAGAUGAGGAGAAGGGGGCUGCUUUUUCAGAGUGCGAGCUUCUGGAGGGGAGGGAAGACUCCUUAAAAAAUGAGGUCACCGAAGAAGAUUUUCAGAAAGAGUCAAGGAGGGAGAAUUACGACGAUGUCAUGAUGGUGGCAGAGGAGAGGGAGGUAGACGAGAAGAUGGUGGAGGAGGACGCCAAGGAAAAGGCCACUGAAUCAGAAUUUGGUGAUGUUGAAUAA